UUACUGUGACGGUAACCAGUCGUUUACGGACCAUAGAAGCGUUUGCGCACAUUUACAGUCGUUGGUUUGAGAUUUGCAUUUGCGCGAGUAUGAACACGCGCGAAUAAAAUUUACGAGGGAAAUUUAUUUUUGUAAAAAGUAAAAGGUACCUACCGAAAGUUACGAAUGUGAAUUCACGAAAAAUAUUGAAUCACGAAUAAUGAUUUGCCGGGCAAAUUUAUUUAUCAUUGGACUUGUUUUUCGGGUUACGCCUGUAUCCCCGAUUGCUGAAAUAGACGCAGAUGAUGAAGUAUUGCAUCUGAUCGGGGAGCCAGACUUCCGGGACGUUCGACUGCGUUGGGAAUACGGGAAAGGGGAUGAAGAGCGUCCUAAAUUACUCGCCUUCCAAAUACACUACUGUGAACUGCAAGCUUGGGGACAAUAUCGAUGUCGUACGAAGGUAAUAGAUAAUUUAGAAGAGGAGAAAUUAACGAAGAUUACAACAGAUCCAUCGACGACUACAGUCCAGUCCCCGAAGAGAGUUACCACUACUUCACCGUCGUCGAUGUCCACAGCUGAGCCAGUGAGUGGUCGGCAUGGGCGGGUUUACAGCACUCGAAUCACGGGUUUGCGUAUGGCGACGACGUAUUCAUUCGAAGUGCGCCCUGUGAGGCGCGACGCGCGCGACCUUGCUGACCCACACUCAAUUGGUUCCAAAAUAAUUAUAGUACCAACAAAAGGAUUUUCAGCCCGGGCAACACAAUGCUUACCACAUGCGAGUGAAGUCGAAGUAUCCACUGGGCCAUAUUUUGGAGGUCGCAUCGCUGUGGAGGCCGUUGAUGGAGGUCCAGAGCGGUGCUCUCUUCAGGGUAACCCUAAUAGUGCCCAGGACGCGUAUAUACUGCGCAUACACCAUGACGAAUGUGGAUCCGAGGUGAAUGAAACAACAGUAGCAACAUACGUCAUUGUACAAGAGAAUCUACCCAUUCUCACACACAGUACUAGACGAUUUCUGGUACUAUGUACAUAUAAACCGGAGACUUUAACGGUUAGAGCUGGGAUAAAUUUGCCGAAAGCUAAUCCUGGAGAUGUGCUUCAUCACAUAAAACAUCACUCUGGUUAUGCGGAACCUUACGACAAUCAAGAUCUAGAUUACAAUGAGUUACAACCGGCCAGGCUUGAGGCACGCAAAGAAGAAAUGCAACAAAGUGUUUUUGGUGAAAUAUCGUUAGUGAUGUUUUUAGUCGUGGCUGCGUUUGGUGGCAUCGCCUUGCUUAUAUGGAAGAUGGUCCCUCAGGUUGAUAGAGAUAACCUUUCGAUAGCCACUGUUUCAUCUCUUUCUAGAAGCAGUAUUUUUGGCAGAAGGAACCGAGACAGAUUCUCAGACCAAAGUUCCGUUUACUCUAUUACGCUGUCUGAAAAAGACGAAGGUAUCGCGAAGAAACCGAAUGAUGGAGAUAACACUUCUGAGGCAUGAAAUAAAUUGAUAUGGCUACUUAUGUUAAAUAAGAUUGUGUCCACGUGUUUGCACAUAUUAUGGCCAUAAACAUAAUUAGAACUUACUAAGUUGUUGCCAAAAGCAAUAUUUGUUUAUGAAAUGAAAUUAUAUAUUUUAUGAAUAGGUAAGACGGUUACCUGUUGGUGAUAUGCACCACCAGAAAGGAUAGAACAUAUUAAGUAUAGAAGAACUAAUAGCUCUUUAAUACCUUUAAAUUAUGUACAGGGGUUUUCUUUCAUGGACGAUAAUGAAAUGGUAACCUCGCCUGCAUUAACAGCAUACGCUGGCAGGACAGUGAGGAAUGAUAAGUGAGGAUGAAAGCAGAUCAGUUGACCAAUGGUGACGAAUAUAUCAAGAAUAAAUUACGAAUGGUUUUUACGGGGAACCGCAAGGAGGUUGACCUGUCAGAAUAUAUUGCUAGCAAUUGGGACAUUAGUCCCCAUUACUAAAAAUUCCUUUACCACAGGUUAAAGAAGCCACUUUAGUUGAAUCAUAAUAUAUUCCAUUUCGUAUAACCCGCUAGCGAAACUACAUUAUGCCUAUCUAUAGCACUUGGCAUAUAAAAUGAAUCUUUAUAUAAUUUGUGCAGUCAAUUUUUAAUCCCUUAGAUACUAUUAGUGUGAGGGGGUAUAUUAUUUUUUUAUGUUUACAUAUGGCCAGUAUUUCAUUUUGCACAAUAAACACAUAAUUUUACGUGCUAGAAAUCUAAUAUUAUCAUCUCAUACACAUACAUACAAUGUGUUGUUUUAUUUUAAGUACAUCUGUCUGUAUCUUAUUAAAUAUUAAGUAGGUACUUAUAAAACAAAUUUGCAAGGAAGAGUUAAUUAACAGUAUUUAUAACGCUCAAGUUGUUGCAUUUUUUGCACAUAGUUAUAUCACGGGUAAAGAACGAAAACCUGAGCGAGUAGUGCUCGAAGAAAUUGAUUACCUAUACAACAGGUAUUUGGUUAUAGGAUGACCUUCACUAGUUUGAGCGACGACCAUAAAUGUGUUGCAGGGGUUCAAACGGAUGCAGAUAAACUUGAGCCAUUUCUUAUGGCAGUCUAAAUUAUGUUUAGACUAGCUGAAAUAAUAAUGGUGAACACGUGAUGGGAUCUCUGAUGGGCGCAUGAUAUCGAUUGUUUACUCAUCAUUUUUUGAUUAUUUUAUACUAAAAAAAAUUACUGUGAAACCCGCUAAGGUAGUGAUUAGAGUCACCGUCAGUUAAUUUCAUCAGUCAUGACAUACAAAUGACUGAUGAUUAUCGAAAUACGCUAUAAUUAUAAUCAUUUAUAGUAGAUAUAGUGUAAACGUUCAGUUUUCCGUUAGUUAUACUCAUAACUGUGGUGCAAGUUUUAAUCUAGCUAUUUUGCCGCUUCAAGCAAAAAUGAAUAGGUAUUUACAUUCUGGGCAAAACUUACAUAUUUGCCGCCUUAUAUUGAUGAGUGGUCACUUUAACUUGUAAUUAAUUAAUUCUACUAUUCUUUGCAAUUGCCAGCCGGGCAUUGAACCCCGCUGUCUUGUGUUAGCAAAAUUAUAUGCACCUAUGGGUGAUAGAUAGAAAUACUUGGACCUACAGAGGCGAAUUCAUUCCAUUAAAAUAGUCCGUUCUAAUUAGAGUGAUUAUCGAUAAAUAUUUAUGUUAUAAUUAAUUAUAAGGCUACAAAGUGUGAUAAAUAAAAUAAACUUUUAAAAUUGAA